AUGGGUGCUGGUGGAACAAAGCCAGAUGGGGCCCCUCGAGCCGCUGCUGCGCCAACAACUUCCCUCGGUGUGUAUGGCAUCAGGACUGGGCCAGCUGCCAAGCCAUUCUCCCUCGUUAACAACACUCCAAUUAGUGAAGCAGGGGUGGGAACAGCAUUGCUGGCCAGUGACAAUGCCACCACAAUGCUGUGGGACACCGGAGCCACCCCAGCUGUGCCUGAUGCAUCUCCCAGCCGCAGCCAGCCUGGUCCCACUGCGGGCUCAGCACCCCCGGGAACUGGUGUCAUCCCUGGACCUGCACUAGUUCCACCGCUCCGGGCUGGGCCCCAACGUGGGGCAGCGACGUGGUCACCCAGCCCUGUGCCAGCCAUGGGCACAACUGUGCCAGGCACACCAGGACUACACAGAGAAGCCAGCAUCCCCGUGGCAUUGCAAGCAGGUAUCCCCCCUCUCCUGGAAGGCAGUGCCACUGCAGGGAUGGCUCUGGGGGUGUCCUCAUCCAGCAUCCCCCCAGAGACCGCAACAGGCAUGUCCCCACUGUCUCUGGCCACCCCACCAUCAGCAAUGGGUGCUUCAGGUGACCCCCGCCCCGAUCGCAGCACUGCGGGGCGAGCGGUGGGGAUGACAUCCCUGAAGGUGGCCACAGAGGAGAACCCAGAUGCCAGUGCAGUGGGGCCAGCUCCCAGCCACGCAGUUGUCACUGCCGGGCCAUCACCAGAGCCACCUGCCCGAGGGACCGAUGCUCCUGAAACCAGACCCCCAGCAGAUCUACCUCUCCUGGCUCCCAGGGGCAGUCGCUCGGCCCCACCAGCCACGGCUAACCCCAGCCCAGCACUGGCCACAGCCAGCCCCCUCCCCAGCACCGCAACUGGCAAGACACCCCAGCCCACAACACCACCGUCCCCUGAAAAUGCAGCCGUGGAGGGAGGCAGGGACAGGUCCCAGCCGGCAGGACAUGGCAGCACCACGCAGGCAGCUCCGGGCUCAACCCCGGUUGAAAACAUAAGGGCGAGUGCCACAACAGGUACCCCCGACAGCGGUCACACCACCCUGGGGACAGCCCCACCGCCGUCAGCCCCUGCCACAGCCAGUGUCACUGCUCAGCCAAGCAUGGCUGCAUCGCAUCACGGCUAUCACGCUGCUGAGCCCACCACGGACAUGGACACAGGCAUGGACUUGGACAUGGACACAGUUUCUCCCACCAUGGAGAACAGGGCUGUGGGGCUGCCCACUGCCAUGGCUGGGGCGGCCGAGCCAGGCACCAGCGAUGCCACCCCCUUGGCACGCUCUGCCCCGGGCAGCAAAAGCCCUAUGGCAGUGGCCAUCAUGGGCACGGUGUCACCCACAGCUCCGGAGCCGGUUAUAGCACCUUCCCCUGGCCUCGCUCACAACACUGCUGAAGCAGGUGUCACUGUGUCCCCUCCUGUCCCCAGGAACAUCCAUCCACUGGUGGUGACACCCUCUGUCACCCCCAGCAUCACCAUCACUGGUCCAGCAGCAGGAGCAGGUGAUGCCAGCCUUGACAGGGUCACAACACCCCCCUCUGUUGUCCCCAGCAGUGCCUCCACUCCACACAGCCCCCGUGUCACCCCGAGGCCAUCCCCUGAGGCCACCGACAGCACCCAUGACCCAGCCUCAAUGGGUCUCAGCCUGGUCACUGAGGACAAGCCCAUGGCCAGGGUCUCCUCGCUGGCUGUUGGCCACACACAUGCAUGGGAGACUACAGCCGUAUCCCGGUCAGAUGCUGGGGGUGGUACCACAGCCCGGGGGGACACCACCCCCUCUGAAAGCGGUGCCAAGGGUGCAGCACCCCUAGCCAGCACCAGCAGCACCCACGUACCUGUCUCCAACACUGCUGGCAGGAGCCCAGCCACCAUGCCAGCCACCAGCAUGUUCCCCAGCAACACCAUCCCACCAGCCACCUCUGCCAGCGGGGAGAUAUUCGUGGUGACCGGGGCCACCACUGCCAUGCCAUCUGCCCCAGCGAAGGCCACCAGCACCACCAGUGUCCUGCCCCUUGCCGUAACACGCAACAAGGCAGGCAGAAGCGGGCAACCUGUCCUAUCCCCAGCAGAACGUAACCCCUCAGUGGAAACAACUGCCGGGUCCUGGAGCGUCCUCAGUCCCAGCCCUGCCAUCGCGGUGCCCAGUUCACCCCUCCCCAGCCUGCACAGCCCAUCGGAGGGGCCAGCGACAGCCCCCUCGUCCCUGCUCGGUGUUGGUGCAAGCAGGGAAUCGGCAGCCGGAUGGGUCUCCUCUGAGCCAGCAACAGGCACCUCUUCUCCCAUGGCUGUCAGCAGCCGUGCCACGGGACAGGCAGCGAGGACGUCAUCUCCCAGCUUCUGGACACCUCUAGGGGCACCUGCCCGGGGGGAGAAAACAGCCGUCGCUGCAGGCAGCACAGUGGCCAUCACUGCAAAAAGCACCUCGGCCAUCGCUGCAGGCAGCACCAUGGCCAUCACUGCCGGGAGCACCACGGCCAUUGCCACAGGGAGCACCACGGCCAUCAGCACCACAGCCAUCGCUGCAGGGAGCACCGUGGCUGUUGCACUCACAGCCCCAGUGAGCCCAGCCAAGGAGGUGGGAGGUCUCCCGGCCCCAAGCACCGUGACGCCAGUGGGACCACCAGCCACCACCAGUCCUGCCACCACCCCAUCUCCUGCCUUUGGGACACAGAGGGGACUGGCCACAGCACCAAGCACAACUGCCCACACCACUGCUGGCCAUAGAAACCCUGCCCCUGAGCCCCAGCCAUCCCACAGCCUUAUCAUGCCAGCAGCCUCACUCUACCCCUUCGGCAUGGAGGGAGGGGACCGAGAGUGCGUCCAGAGGAUGGUGGAUUUUAACUCCCCCCUGUUCAAGCCAGAGAUUGGAUUCCCCUUUGGGAAGUCACUGCGGGAUGCUCUCUAUUUUACAGAUAACGGACAGAUCAUUUUCCCACCCACGGACAACUACGUCCUCUCCAACCCUAACCCACCUCCUCGGGGCUUCAGCGGCUGGGAGGAUUUGCCGAUGGUGGCCGCCUUUUGGGACGACGCGGAUUUCUCCCAGGGUGUUGGCACCACCUGGUACCAGGAGUACUCCACCCUCAGCUCUGCCCAAGACCCCCUUGUCCAUGACGUGGAAGCAAAGAUUGAGAAAUACCUGAAAACCCCCUACAUAGCAAAAUGGACCUUGAAGGUGACAUGGGAGAAGGCUCCGGCAUACCCGUCCCAGCAGGAUGACACUCAGACGAGCACCUACCAGGCAGUCCUCACCACCGAUGGGAACCGUUCCUUCGCCCUACUGCUCUACCAGGACGGCGGGAUGCGGUGGGACUACGCCAAGCUGGCUGAGGGCAACGUGCUGAUCGGCUUCUCCAGCGGUGAUGGCUAUGCCCAAAAUAACGAGCUCACUCAAAAACCACCAGCUGUCAAGUACCGACCCGACCAGCAUAGCAGCACUGUCACUGGUGUGCGCGGGCUGUGGAUAUACAGGCUGGACAGUCGCUCCCGGGUGAACUACAGGCUGCAGUGCCUGGCGUGGCUGGAUGCAGAGCCAGCGCCGGCCACCUGGAAUGACCAGCUGCCGCCAUGCCCCUGCUCCCAACCCCAGGCAGAGCUGGACCCCCGCUACCGCCGGAGCAAAGGCCCGGCGGACACCUCCGUGAGGAUGCUGCGCACUGCAUCCCCCAGCCCGGCCGGAGCCGGGGUGCGGUGUCUGUAUCAAGAUGGGAGCUUGCUCGAAGGCUGGCAAGAGAGAGCAUGGAGCCUCCCCAUCCACCCUGCCGCUGACGGGGAGCUGGAGGCAUUCGACUGGUGCUGCCGGCGCGUGGGGAAGCCUCUGUUCUGUGCCAGGUUUGCUGAGAAGAGACCGAGGGUCGGCUGCGAGGGAUAUGUGCCACCCACCCCCGCUGGUGCCUUCGGGGACCCCCACAUCACCACCCUGGAUGGACUCACCUACACCUUCAAUGGGCUCGGAGACUUUGUCCUGCUGCUGGCCAGUGAUGUCCAGACCAGCUUCGUGCUGCAUGGGCGCACGGCCCGGACCGGCACGGCCCAGGCCACCAACUUCAUGGCCUUUGCUGCCCAGUAUAACUCUGCCACCACCACAACAGUUGAGUGGACCUUGGGGAACCAGGGUGACAUCCAAGUCCUCCUGAAUGAUGAAACCGUCCAGUUUUCCUAUUCCCAAGACAUGGGUGCUGAGGUGUACUACAGCCCCGGUGUCCUGCUGGUCAAUGCCUCCUCCAUCAUGGCCGUCUUCGACGGGGCCAUUGCCGUCUCCAUCUCGGCAGCCUCCGGGAUCCUCAGCGUGGUCUGCAGCCUGCCUGAUCGGUACCGCAACAGCACCAAGGGCCUCCUGGGUGUGUGGGACCAUGACCCCUCAGAUGACUUCCAGAUGCCGAAUGGCACCAGCAUCCCUGUGAACAGCAGCGAGGAGGAGAUCUACAGCUAUGGGAUGACCUGGGCUGUCGGAGAGCACAGCCUGUUUGCUCAGCAUCUGGACUCACCAGUAAUGAACUUCACACCCAUCUUCUUGUCUCAACUGCGGCAGGAGAAUGAAAGCCAGUACCAGCUGGCAGCCUCGCAGUGCCGUGGCAGCAAGGAGUGCAUCUACGAUUCACUGAGCACAGGGGAUGUGGCCCUGGGCCUGGCCACCCAGAGCCUCGCAGCCGACUUCCAGCAGAAGAAGGCAGUACUCAAUGCCUUCCCUCCCGUCAUCACUGGUGACGCGUCACUCACAGCCUUCAGGACAGAAAGGGUCAGGAGGCAGUACCGUGCUGUGGGGGUGGGCGCACGCUUUGUCCCCCACCUCUCGCCAGAGCUCAACAUAUCAGAGAGCGGCACCCUGACGUGGGAGCCCCACAGGACGGCCCCGCUCACCGUCAACCUGGAGGCUGUUGGGUCCAACAACCUCUCCACCCUCCUCCAGCUCCGCUUCACCCUUUGCAGCUGCAGCAGGAGCCAGGAGUGCGACUACAGCGACACUGUCACCCUCGGGGGGUCCUCCCUGCAGCUGGCAGCCUGCAGGUGCGAGGGCGGCUACUCGGGUCCCUUCUGCCAGGACCCUCCGGACCCCUGCGCACAGGGAUGCUUCCCCGGCGUGGGCUGUGACUCGCACACCGGCUGCGGCCCCUGCCCGGCUGGCCUGACGGGUGACGGGCGGCACUGUUCAGAUAUCGAUGAGUGUGCGCAGGGAAUGGCGUGCCCGGGGAACGCCACUUGCACCAACACGGUGGGCAGCUACACCUGCUCCUGCCCGCCUGGCGAGGAGGGCGAGGGGCCAGGCUGUAGCUCAGCCUGCGGCUCCCGCUCCUGUCCCGAGGGCUACUGCAGCAACGGGGGACACUGCCACCUGCACCCCGUCACCUGCACCCCGGCCUGCGCCUGCCCCCCGGCUUUCACCGACCAGCGCUGCCUGGUGGCAGGGGGGGAUUUUCGGCCGCUGCCCAGCACAGAUCUGCCCCGGAGAAGUGUCCAGCUGCGGGUCAGGACGCUGCAAAAUGCCACUGCUGGGGAAGUCAACGGCACCGUCUCAGCCAUCCUGGACUCCCUGGAGGUAAAGGCUUUCCAGAGCAACACCAACAUCACCCAGACGACAGACGGUGAUGGCUUCACCUUCACAGUGGUGUCCGAGUUUGCCUAUGAUAGCCGCAGCACCGUCAUCCGGUUCCUGAACGAUUUGCUGCCGGGGGCCAUCACCAGCGCCUUCAACGGGAAGCGGGGGCGGCGGGAGGCGGGCACGCACCUCCUCUUCCAGCACCUGCACCGGGACAACAUCACCGACCUGGUGAAGCUGACAGUGGCUGAGCUGAGGCACUAUUUCCCCUGCGGUCUGUAUGGCUACAAAGGCUACCGGCUCCACUACGUGGGGACCAUCGGCUUUGUCUGCAUCUCCCCUUGCAAGAUGGGCUACUGCCAGCGUGGCGGCCAGUGCCAGCACCUGCCUGAGGGACCCACGUGCAGCUGCCUCCCCUUCUCCAUCUUCUCCCCCACCGGCCCCCAGUGUGAGCGGCUGGCCGUCAACCUCGCCGCCUUCCUCGGCAUCUUGCUGGGAGCCCUGGCUCUGCUCUGCCUCCUGCUCGCCGUCACCUGCCUGGCCUUGCGCCUCUGCCGCCGGGCCAAGGAGACCUUCUGGAGGCCACGGCCCUUCUCCUCUCUGACGAUGGCAGGAGAGCGAGCAGAGCCCACCCGCUCCCACUCCCUGGAAAGGCGUUGGGGACUGCAGCUCCAGGCCAUCGACCCCUCAGUCCAGAUAAGGAUCCAGAGACCCCACGUCAGGCCUCUGAGCCAGCCCCCCCAGCAGCCCUAACCUGCCACUGGUCCUGCCGUGGUGCCACCGGGCUCACGGAGGAGCCAGCCGCUGCUGCCGACCCUGCCGCCCGCUCUCAGGGUCUCCGGCAAUGGCGCCUGCGUGGAGGCAGAGGAUGGGCAGCUGCCUUUUGGGAUCUGGUCUUUGUGGGAGGAUUCACUCUGGAGGAGGUGCUUUUUUUGAAUGGAAAAUGUGGGUUUAUGUUCGGUGGCCAAAGCGAGAAGAUUUCACCUUCCCCUGAGGACCUGCAGAGGCAACCUGGACAGUCCUUGAGUGUGUCUGCACCAGGGUAUGCCCUAGUGCAGUGUAACUGGACCCUGCAGAGCCACUGAUAGCAGACUCAGGUGGGGCAAUGCAGUGAUUAUAGCCUGUUAGGAGCAAAAUAGAAUAAACCAAAAAUU